AUGGCGGCGCUCAGCCCGGUUAGAUCGCUGACUGCUAUUUUAUUAUUUGUCACCGGCGGUCUGAUAAACCGCUCGGACGGCAGAGAGGUGGCGGAGGAGACCGUCAUCAUCGGCCUGCGUCUGGAAGACACUGACGACGUGUCAUUCAUGGAUAAAGGCUUAUUGCGCGUUAGCGAGAGAUCGCGGGUGAAGUUGCGGCUCUUCGGGCAGAACAUUAACAACGAGACGUGGUCCAAGAUCGCCUUCACGGAACAGGAGCGCAGCAGCGUGUCCGCAGUCGCAGACGGUCCAACUGCCUUCCAGCCUUGUGGCAUCCGUACGUCAGAUAUCAUCAUUCUUCCCAACGUGGAUGUGAGCCGAUCGACGUCCGGCGUCAUCGAGAUAGAAGUAAAACCUCUGCGGAAAACAGAGAAGAGCAAAGUGUACUACAUGUGCAUUGCCGCACCAGCACCUGCUCCAAGUGUUAUGAACGACGGAUGGGCUGAAAACAUCUGGAUUUACCACGAGGGGCAUGACACCAAAAUGCUCGUUGUGGAGGAAAGGAAGUUCUUGCUGCCUUUUUGGCUGCAGGUAAUAUUUAUUGCAAUGCUGUUGUGCUUGUCCGGUAUGUUCAGUGGACUGAAUUUAGGGCUCAUGGCACUCGACCCCAUGGAGCUCAGGAUAGUGCAGAACUGUGGCACAGAGAAGGAAAAAAAAUAUGCAAACAAGAUUGAACCUGUGAGGAGUCAAGGAAAUUAUCUGCUCUGCUCACUGCUUUUGGGGAACGUCCUCGUGAACACCACUUUAACUAUUUUGCUGGAUGAUAUUGCAGGCUCUGGUCUGAUCGCAGUGGUUGUAUCAACCAUUGGAAUUGUAAUAUUUGGAGAAAUUGUGCCACAGGCAAUAUGCUCAAGGCACGGGCUUGCUGUUGGUGCAAACACCCUGAUUUUAACCAAGUUCUUCAUGAUCCUUACUUUUCCUGCAUCAUAUCCUGUCAGUAAACUUUUAGACCAUGUUCUAGGACAGGAGAUUGGCACGGUGUACAAUAGAGAGAAGCUCCUUGAGAUGCUCAGGGUUACCGACCCAUACAAUGAUUUGGUCAAAGAGGAGCUGAACAUCAUCCAGGGUGCUCUGGAACUCAGGACUAAGACCGUAGAGGAUGUGAUGACACCUCUGCGUGACUGCUUUAUGAUUGCAGCUGAUGCGGUCCUUGAUUUUAACACCAUGUCCGAGAUCAUGGAGAGCGGGUACACGCGCAUCCCGGUGUUUGAGGGGGAGAGGUGCAACAUUGUGGACCUCCUCUUUGUCAAAGACCUGGCCUUCGUGGACCCAGAUGACUGCACUCCUCUGAAAACAAUUACAAAAUUCUACAGCCACCCUCUGCACUUUGUCUUCAAUGACACCAAGCUGGACGCAAUGCUAGAAGAGUUCAAGAAAGGGAAAUCCCACCUGGCUAUUGUGCAGAGAGUAAACAAUGAAGGAGAAGGAGACCCUUUUUAUGAGGUUUUGGGUAUUGUUACAUUAGAAGAUGUCAUUGAGGAGAUCAUUAAGUCUGAGAUUCUAGAUGAGACUGAUCUGUACACUGACAACAAGACAAAAAAGAAGAUAACUCAUCGGGAGAGGAAGCAGGAUUUCUCAGCUUUUAAGCCGACUGACAACGAGCUUGGGGUCAAAAUAUCACCACAGCUUCUACUCGCUACCCUCCGUUUCCUAGCAACUGAAGUAGAGCCAUUUGGCCCAGCUCAUAUGUCUGAGAAAAUCCUUCUGCGUUUACUCAAGCAUCCCAACGUAAUCCAGGAGUUGAAGUAUGAUGACAAGAAUAAGAAAAUGUUAGAGCACUAUCUCUUUCAGAGAAACAAGCCCGUUGAUUACUUCAUCCUCAUUCUGCAGGGGAAGGUAGAGGUUGAGGCUGGCAAGGAGGGAAUGAAGUUUAAAGCUGGACCCUUUUCCUACUAUGGAAUGAUGGCCUUAACAUCAUCACCAGUUCCACUCUCUUUGUCUCGAACCUUCGUUGUCAGCAGGGCAGAGUCUCUUGCGGGAUCUCCAGAGAAUAAGUCACCUCCCCGACCUUUUGGCCUGAACCAUUCGGACUCAGUGAACCGAAACGAGCGCAUGGAAGCCCUCACUCCCACUCUGGGCAGCAGCAACAACCAGCUCAAUGCCUUCUUGCAGAUCUAUAUGCCAGACUACUCUGUCCGAGCGGCUUCCGACCUGCUCUACAUUAAGGUUUCUCGGCAGCAGUAUCAGAACGCUGUCAUGGCAUCCCGCAUGGACAAGACACCUCAGUCUUCAGACAGUGAAUUCACCAAGAUUGAGCUUACUCUAACUGAACACCAGGAUGGACCAGGAGUCGAAUCAGCUUCAUUACUCAUCCAACAUCAGAACUCGACUAACUCACACAAACCCAACCACAUCACACACACUGAUGGAACUAUCUAAAGCAGACAGUAAAUGAGGUGAGAGGACUAAAAUAUUUUCAACAAGCGAAGUUUGGAAGCUUCCAUUGGGCAGCUUUACUGGGAUCAACUGAAUCCUGUGAUUUUUCUUUCUACACAUAUAGACUUUACAGGGGAUAUGAGGGCAUGGUGAAAUACCACAAACCACAGAAUGGGAUGUGCUCAAACAGUGAGCAGUGAAUGAACCUGGGAAUCUGCAGAUGUCACUUCCUCACCCACUCAGCCAUGCUCUAUUCAGGAUGCACUCACAUCCAGCAGCAGAGAAAGAGAUACUUGGAUGGCUGUGGCACUUUUCAUUGUCCUCUAAAUCUCCUAACCAUAUUUUAACCAAGAGAAGACAGUCCCUGCCACAUUGCUUCCUGUCAUCAAGGAUUUAUCGCAAUCUUCUACAAGAGAUGGCAAAUAAAACACAAAAAGCAGUGUUAAAUGCAGGGACAUGUUCAUGCAUGAGCUAACAGGAGUUAACGGGAGAUUCCUGAAGUGGACUUUAUUCAGCAUUGGUAUACAGUAUUUGAGAGGGUGUUAUUAAGAGGAGCAUCAAGAAUAAUUCAAGUCUAGUUUUGCAUUAAUUUAAGUUUUCUUACCUCAGAUUCAGCACGAAAGCUAUGAGCGCUCUGGAUUAGGUGUAAGCAGAGGAGAGUCUAGAUACCUUAGUAAUUUCGCAUUAUUUACAAAAAAGGAUAACCUUCUAGAAAGUUAAUUGUUUGCUUAACCUUUUUUUCGUUGUGACAAAGGCUGACCUGAUAAUUACUAAUCAUUCUCUGAAAUCAGGGAGAUUGAUCACAGUAUAUAAAGACCAAUGGUGCUGCAUAUCAGUCUAGAUUUUCCUGACAUACUGACCUACUUAGUGAUGCUUUCAGCAGUUUGAGCAACGAAGCCUAAAGGCAGAAUGCCAAUUUUUAAUAAUAUACAAGGAGCUAAAAUAAACCUUUCCAGAGUGUUUAGUCAUACUAGAUGGAGCGAAUGUGCUUGUGGCAGAUUAACAAUUGCCAGUCGUGAUUACAAAAAAGUUUAUACCCACAGAAUCUAUUGUCUUCAUGUCUGGGAAAGCCAAACCUUUUUCCACAGAAACAAUGAGCAGUUACCAAAGCAUCAAGUUUCUGAUAGUCAUCCAUGAAGAUAAAAUGCUAGACAGUGUUGGCCUUGAGUAAUAGCAAAAGAAGGGAUGUGGCAUUAAAUCAUGAUUAGCCCUCUAGGGAUGAGGAUGUGGGUAUUACAUAUCUUUGAGCUUAUAGCACUGAAGCAUUCAGCUCCAACAUGUCACAUUUAUGACAGAAGUUUGUCAGGCUAUAAACUGUGUGCAUGUAACACGUAUGCAGAUGUGCCAUGUAAAGUAUUUGCAGUACAAAGACAUUCAGUAUGUUUACAUGUGAGGAAUAUUUCCAUGAGAUACCUUACAGUAUCACAUUUUACAGUGAACAGAGCGAGAGUGUAUGUAUCUCACAUCGUAUCUUCAGUUUUUAUAUGUAACAAAUCUUGGACCAUAUUGUUAACCGUAACCUUCAGGCUUCUAAUGUCUUUAAUCAUGUGUUAAACUGUUUUAAAAAAUGUGAAUUCCUUUUUUUCUUCCUUCAGCUUAUACCUUUCUAGUAUUUCUAUGCUGAUUUGAAUGAUUUCACAAUUUCCAUGUACCACGUGACGUCAUGUUAACAAAGUAACAUGCUAAAAUGCAAUUAUGAGUUCAACAGUGUGCACAAGGUACCUUUCCACAGCUUGGGAAACAAAACUACACACAGGAACAUAUUUUAACGCAUGUUAUUUUCCUUGGUAUUAAAUUCAGUAUUUCAGUUCAUACACUGUAAAUGAUGAUUCAAUGUGGAGCGCUCUAUUUGAAUCAUCAUGGGUUAGAACCGUCGUCUCAAGCUUAUGUAUUUAUGUAACAAUCUGUCAGUGCAAUAGUGUAUCCAUUAUGCAGGGACAAUCAGCAGCAUAACAUCCACGGUCAAAUGCCCUUUUAACUGCUAGACGGUUGAGGACAGGGACUGUUGUGAUAACAAUGAGACCCAGAACAAGAUAUGAUGUUUCUGAGAUCACUGGGACAAUAUUUUUCUGAAUGAAAAUUGUUAACACUGAUCCAUAUGUCAUUUACAUAUUGCAUAAGCAUUAACAAUGCCAUGCACAUGAAACUACUCCAGAAUAUAAAAGGGAUGUUCUUAAUUUUUUUUCUCAGAGGAUAACGUUGUGUCUUAAAGACUGUAAAAUGGCCCACCGUAGACAGAACAGAAGAUUCCUUCAGUAAUGCAGUGCUCAGGCAUAUUGUUGGAAUCCACCGUAUAUUGCUGCUAUUCAGUGUUGAAUGUCUAUAGAGAUGCUGCAAAGGCAUUGAGAUAAGAGAGAUUUAUUAUAUACUUACAUACUACAAAACAAGAAAAUACCAUAUCGCUAUAUAAAGAAGUUGGAUGUUGCUAUUAUAAAAGAAUUGUUUUGACAAGAAUUUUGCUUAAUUGAUGCAUUUUUGUUUCUCGAAUACCUCUUUGAUUUUAACAAAUAACACACUGAAGACUGUGUAUUUUGUAGUACAGAGUAAAACUCCAUGUAUUCUGUGUCCUUUA